AUGAGAACAAAAAUUCUCGUCGUCGCCCUUCUGGCGGCGGCUGAUCAGGUCGCUGCUGCUGUGGCGCCUGAAGGAAAGCUACACAAGCGCGAUCUCGCACACUCGCCUCCAGUCUACCCAUCACCAUGGAUGGACCCCAGUGCCGACGGCUGGGCUGAUGCCUAUGCCAAAGCCAAGGACUUUGUCUCCCAAUUGACUCUUCUCGAGAAGGUCAACUUGACCACUGGAGUCGGAUGGCAAGGAGACGUUUGUGUUGGAAACGUCGGUUCUGUUCCCCGCCUCGGCCUUCGUGGUCUUUGCAUGCAAGAUGGCCCCGUUGGCAUUCGUUUCACCGACUAUAACUCCGUUUUCCCCUCUGGCCAGACUGUCGCCGCGACCUGGGACCGAAGCUUGAUCUACCGCAGAGCCGAGGCCAUCGGUUUCGAACACCGCUCCAAGGGUAUUGACGUUGUCCUCGCCCCCGUUGCCGGACCCAUUGGUCGUGCACCGACUGGAGGCCGCAACUGGGAGGGCUUCUCCGUGGACCCUUACCUCACAGGUAUCGCCAUGGCCGAGUCGGUUAAGGGUAUCCAGCAGCACGCAAUUGCUUGCGCCAAGCAUUUCGUUGGCAACGAGCAGGAACACUUCAGACAAGCUCCGGAAGCUAUUGGCUACGGAUACAACAUUACCGAGUCCAUCUCGUCCAAUAUUGAUGAUAAGACUAUGCACGAGCUCUACAUGUGGCCAUUUGCCGAUGCCAUCCGCGCCGGCGUUGGUUCCAUCAUGUGCUCGUACAACCAAGUCAACAACUCGUACGGCCUCGACAUGGCCAUGCCGGGUGACGUUCUCUUCAAUACCGGAACUACAUUCUGGGGAACCAACUUGACCGUUGCUGUCCUCAACGGCACCGUUCCCGAGUAUCGCCUCGACGACAUGGCUCUGCGUAUCAUGGCUGCCUUUUUCAAGGUCGGCUUUGAGGUGGAGUCAGUUCCGGAACUCACCUUCUCCUCAUGGACAAAGGACACUGUCGGACCUGUUCAAUACUACGCCAAGGAAAACACCCAGGUCAUCAACCAGCACGUUGAUGUUCGUAAGGGCAGAGACCACGCCAACCUGAUUCGUGAGAUUGCCGCCAAGGCCACUGUUUUGUUGAAGAACAAUGGCGCCUUGCCGCUCAACAAGCCCAAGUUCUUGGCAGUCAUUGGAGAGGAUGCUGGACCCAACCUCAAAGGGCCCAACGGAUGCGACAACCGAGGCUGCAAUGACGGCACUCUGGGUGCUGCAUGGGGAUCAGGAACGGCAGAGUACCCUUACUUGGUCACCCCUGACCAGGGAUUGUCUGCCCGUGCUGUUGCCGAUGGUACUCGUUACGAAAGCAUUUUGAGCAAUUACGACACUGCGGCUACCACGGCUUUGGUUUCCCAGGCAGAUGCCACGGCAAUCGUGUUUGUCAAUGCCAACGGUGGUGAAGGUUUCAUCAACGUAGGAGGUAACGAGGGCGACCGCCAGAACCUGACGCUUUGGAACGCCGGAGAUGAGCUUGUCAAGAAUGUGUCGGCGAUCAACAACAACACCAUUGUUGUGAUUCACUCCAUCGGCCCAGUUCUGUUGACUGACAUGGUCAACAACCCCAACAUCACCGCUAUUGUUUGGGCCGGCCUUCCGGGGCAAGAGUCCGGUAACUCCAUUGCUGACGUCCUCUACGGAAACGUUAACCCGGGAGGCAAGUCUCCUUUCACAUGGGGCCCCAACCGCGAGAGCUACGGUGCCGAUGUUUUGUACGAGCCCAACAAUGGCGAGGCAGCGCCCCAAGACGACUUCACUGAGGGCGUCUUCAUUGACUACCGCCACUUUGACCGUGCUACUGCUGGAUCCAACAGCUCCGACGUUGCACCCAUCUACCCCUUCGGAUUUGGUCUCUCAUACACCACCUUUGAGUACUCCAACUUGGCCGUGACCAAGGGCAAUGCCGGCGCGUAUUCCCCGACGACUGGGGAGACGGCGGCAGCACCCACAUUCGGCAACUACAGCACUGACCCGGCCGAGUACGUCUUCCCCAGCAAUGAGUUCCGGUAUAUCUACAACUUCAUCUACCCCUACCUGAACACGUCGGAUGUUAAAGAGUCUGCCAACGACCCAACCUACGGCAAGACUGCCGAGGAAUUCCUUCCUCCCAACGCUGUUGCGAGCACUCCUCAGCCCAAGCACCCCGCAUCCGGAGCCCCUGGCGGCAACCCGCAGCUUUGGGAUGUCCUCUACACGGUGACUGCUACGGUGACCAACACGGGCAAGGUUGCUGGUGACGAGGUUGCUCAGCUCUACGUCUCGCUCGGCGGGCCAGAGGAUCCCGUCAAGGUGCUCCGUGGGUUUGAGCGCAUCCCUAUUGAGGUGGGCGCGUCGGCGACGUUCAAGGCGGAGAUUACCAGACGUGACCUCAGCAACUGGGACACAGCGAGCCAAAACUGGGUCAUCAGCGAGUACCCGAAGAAGGUGUGGGUUGGAAGCUCAUCAAGAGACCUGCCCCUGAGUGCAUCGCUGUAG